GGAAAGUUGGGCAAGGGCUAAGAGGACUCGGGACUGACCCAUUCCUGGUUGAAGUUCCAAAAGCUCCAACCUCGUCCAUCAUCCAUCUCUCGUCCACCACAUCCCGCCGAAAAUCUUCUUUUGUGAAACUAGCUAGCUACCUCGUGUGGAGAUUUGCUUUCUGUUUCGCCAUGUUGGCCCUUGUACCGGUAGUGUGGCUGGUGCUGCUGGGUGUCAUCUUUGAGGGAAAUGCUGUGGAAGCCUUCCUCGGUGGGAACGUGGGGCUGCAGGGGAAAUUGAAGCCGACAAUUAGUCCAUUUUUCCAACACCAGAGAUUUGCUCGUUCGAGUCUGCCAUCAUCUAUCAAGCCUGAAAUCAAGACAAGUCAAGAUCAGCCGCAACGUCCAGAUGAAUCCCUCAUCAAGGAAUUAAUGAAGUUUCGAAGAAACAAAUACGAUGGAGCCCAGUUGGCUCAUCAGCGAUUGGAACUCGCCAUGAAAGAUCGAGAUCCCACCAUUGAUGAAAAGAGCUUCAAUACCGUCUUUCUUGCCUAUGCUACACAAAGUGGGAGAGGAGAUUGGAUGGCACCAUUGAGAUCAGAACAACUGUUACAAAAGAUGAAGCGAUACCCCACCGUCCGUCCCAGUGUCUUCUCCUACAAUGCCGUCAUGGAAGCAUGGGUCAAGAGUGCCACACAAAAAAGCAACAAACAUCGAAAGAAAACUCCAAAGAAUCGCUCACAAGAUCCAUCUAAAAGUCAAUCCAAGAAGGAGCCUUCAUUUCCAAAAACCCCACAUCCAUCACAACAACCAAAACAACGCUCCAUUGUCCAGGCAAAGAAUGCCGUCAUGCGACUGUUUUUGGAAAUGGCCAAAGCAGGAGAGGCAACCCUCCAACCGGAUACUUACACGUAUAACUUGGUCUUGGAAUUAUUCGCCAAAUCACCUAGUCCUGAGGAUCUGGAAAAAGCAAUGGAAUGGUUUCGUAACAUGUCAUGUGAACCCGACUUGAAAACCUUCAACCUCCUGUUUGCCGCGCACGGCAAACAUGGAAAUGCCCAAGAGGCCGAACAAUUGCUUCAUGACUUGAUACGGGAAAUUCAAGAGGACGAAUUGCCAGCAGAAGAAGAAAACAGACCUCUGGUUCCUCGACAAGUAUGGUUCCAUUGCGUGCUCAAGGCAUAUGCUCAAGACCAGAAAAAACGUCGAUCCACCGACAGCACAACAUUUGACUUCGGAGCAAAAGCAGAUCAACUCCUGGAAGCCAUGCAGUUCCUCUAUAAGGACGAAGGCUUGGAAUCGGUGCGUCCUGAUGCAUCCACUUUCAAUCAUGCCCUCAACGUCCACGCACAAUUGGGAAACAUUGCUCGUGUCAAGGAAUUGCUCCGAGAGCUAGAGGACUUGUAUUUCGAGUCUCCAGACAGGAUGGAUCUGGCACCCGACCGAAUCACCUACACCACCGCCCUCAAAGCCUAUGCCAAUUCUGCGUCCCAUAGUGACAUUCACGAGGCAGAGGAACUCUUUCAACGAAUGCUCGACCUUGCCGCUGCGGGAAGAAGGAACAUGAGUCCGAGCAUUGUCUCGUACAAUACAAUGAUCCAGAUAUGGAGCAGGACGGGUCUCAAGGAGCAUAUCUUAAAGGCAACAGAUCUACUGAAGGAAAUGCAGCAGCAACCAUCCACGUCGCCACAAAGAUCGACAAUUCUCCUUCCGGCAUUUCCUCGUCCGCCUCCUCCAAUUUCGAAUUCCUUCACUACCAUACUCCACGGUUGGUCCAAGACCCGAAAUUGCCGUGAAGCAGGAUACAAGGCGGAAGAAUUACUCCACAUGUUGGAGAGACUGCCCCCAAAUGCACGAAGAAACCUCAACUGGAGUACUGUCUAUAACAGCGUCAUUACUGCCUGGAGCAAAAGCGGAGACAAGGCUGCGCCGCAACGAGUCGAAUCCUUGCUGAAUCUUUUGGAGGACAAGUGCUACCGGCAUGACAGUGGUGGAACUGUAGGACCCGACAAGACCACAUUCCUUUGCAUAGCCGAUACGUAUGCCAAGGCUCGAAUUCCGGACGCCGAACAACGAUGCGAUGAUUUGUUGGUCCGCAUGAAACAGCUCGAGGAGGCUGGAGUUGUCUCGAGUGACCUUCGCUCGAAUCGUGCUCUUUACAAUAGUAUUUUGAAUGCCUUGGCCAAGAGUGGUCAACCGUCCUCCAAAGACAAGGCGGAAGAAAUCUUGACAAUGAUGCAAACUUCACCCAACAAGGAUUUGAGACCAGACAUUGUGACAUAUGCAACUGUCAUUGAUUGCUAUACCAAGAGCGGCAGUGCUGGUACCGCUGAUCGAGCCGAAGAGCUCCUUCGUUUCGUGGAAGGCAGUUAUCGCAAUGGAGACACCCUGUUGAAGCCGAAUGCUGUAUUUUAUUCCGCCAUUCUCCAAGCUUGGGCCAAGACCCAAACCAUGCAAGGCGCAGAGAGGGCAGAAUGGUUGCUACGUCGCAACGAAGGACUGUACAAGCAAGGGCACGACUACUACAAGCCACACCCAAUCAUGUACAAUGCUGUCAUGGACUCAAUUGCUCGUUCUGGCAUGGCGGAUUCUGGAGUACGCGCGGAAGAGUUGUUGGGAGAAAUUAUGUCUCUGUACGAAGCUGGCGAUGAACAAAUGAAACCGACACGGCGUAGUUUCAAUGCUGUGAUGUUGGCAUACCGAUACGACGGUCAAGGAGCGGAGAAGGCUGAAAAGUUGCUGGAUACCAUGGAAGAUUUGGCGGAUACGGGCGACUUUCCCAACAUCAUGCCGGAUGUGGUCGCUUACAACUGUGCCAUUCACGCGAUUGUGGACGAGAGGAGUUCCACAACCAAACCAGUCGAUUGGAACGCGGUCGCUAGUCGAGCUCAAGCUUUGUUGGAUCGCAUGGAAGAACGGUGCAUUCGACCAGAUGCCACAACCUACUCCUGCGUGAUUGAAGCAUGGCUCAAGUGCCAUGACGAGAAGGGGUCGGUAAUGGCGGAACUGAUGCUUCAAAAGUUCCUGGACCUUGUGGAGACGACAAAAGAUUGGGAAUCCAAGCCGGACACUGAGAUGGUGUGGGACGUCAUCAAUGCCUACAGGGACACCGAUUGAUGAUCCAACUUGUGUGGACUGGGCAAAGGACCGUUUGAGCCUUCCGUGCAGAUAUCAUUCGAUUCCAACAGUCAUCUAGCCAUCAACUACGAAGAAAGGCGCCGCGGCUGUUGCUUGAGAGACCUUCCAACACGACACCGCAUCUUCAACCCGGUCAAGACAAAGAAGGAUGCUUGAUAGAAUGGAAACCUCCGCAAAAAGUUGGCAAUGCAACAUGCUGGACUUGGGGCUCCACGGCGAUGGCCGAGAUCCCUGACUAAGGAUCCUAGAGAUAGAUGUGUUUAUAGGAUUCACGUUGGAUGGUC